AUAUGCGGAAGUAAUUUGGGGUAGCAAUGGAGACAGAAAAGCGGCGUGGGAGGAAUGCUGCCUUGUCUAUCGCCUCUGUGGUCAUCCUUCUUGGCUUGCCAUUAUGGUGGAAGACCACAGAAACAUACCGCGCCUGGCUCCCAUACUCCCAGAUCUCUGAGCUCGACUCCUUACAGCUCCAGUUGAGCGUCGAGGUCGAGGUGGUGUUUUCUCGAGGAACCCUGAGCCCAGAGCAGCAGAAGAAGGUCCCGCUCAGUCAAACCAGAGAGCGGGAGCAUCAGGUAGAUGCUAAGAAUGGGCUGCGGUACAGGUAUGAAACCAAGUAUCGCACGGCUACGAUCAUGGAAGAAGACGCUUUAAAUCAGCCCACAGCUCAAGAGGCAGAUCGUGCUCUGCACAUGCUCAGUGAGAGUGCGUGUGGCUCUGUCGUGGUGUACGUCGUCCCCGAGUCCUCCACCUUGCUGCCAGCUGAUGUGAAAGUAUACGUGGGUCAGUGGCGCACUGCCCUGCUACGUGCCGCUCCGCUUCCUCUUGCCGGGAGUCUGAAGGAGGUGCUUUCCGCUCUGGAGCCUCAGGUCAACCAGGUGAUCGACACCAUGUCCUUCAGCCACCAGGAAAUCAUGGGCGCUCUGAGCGACCGCAUCCGCAUCAGCCAGGUCAGCAAGGAGAGCCUGGUCGACAGCAUGAGGGCCAUCAAGUCCAGUCCAGGUUAUGAAAUCACGUUCAGCCUCUUGAACCCUGACCCAAAGUCCCACAGGCUGCACUGGGACAUCGAGGGAGCGGUUCAUAGCUACAUCCAGCCUCUUCUGAACAAACUGACCCCGAUAGCAAACUUCUCCGUGGACUCGCAGAUCCUGUACUACGCAGUGUUGGGUGUCAAUCCUCGUUUUGACAACACCGUCUCAGCGUACACUCUCAACGCAGCCAGCCUGGCACACGUCAUCAAUCCUGUGGAGGCCAGACUAGGCUCCAAUGCUGCGUCUUCAUACCCGGUGCUGAACUUCCUGCUGUAUGUACCCGAAGCCCAUCACUCUCCACUCUUCAUCAAAGACCACAGGAAGAAGGAAGUGCCUUCGAACGCCUUCCACAGCCCCCGCUGGGGAGGGAUAAUGGUGUACAAUGUGAAUGAGCUGUACGGACCCGAGGUGGAAUUUCCUGUCGAUAUCAACAUCGACAUGGCCAAAGUAAUGGGCGUCUUCUUGGCACAGUUGAGGCUGUUAUUGGGAGUACAGAAGACCCAACCUCCUCCCGGUUUCGUUCUGCAGAGCCCAGGCAGCGCGGGAUUGGCCGACUGGGAGCUGGAUCGGCUGCUGUGGAGUCGCAGUGUAGAGAACGUGGCUACUGCUACGACCACCAUCACCUCGCUCACUCAGCUCCUCGACCAGAUCAGCAACAUCGUUAUAAAUGACAACAUCGCCGAGCAGGUGUCCAGUGCGGUGACGUCGGUCCAGGCUGCCGUGGCUGAGCUGGAGGCCGGGAACUUGGCCUUUGCCCUGCAGUACAGUCGGGAGGCCAUACUGGCUUCUGAGAAAGCGUUUUUCGACCCCUCUCUUUUGCAUCUUUUAUACUUUCCUGACGACCAGAAGUUUGCCAUUUACAUCCCUCUCUUCUUGCCCAUGUGUGUUCCCAUUGUGCUCUCGCUGCUAAAGAUUGUCAACGAGAUUAGACAGAAACGUGCUGACAAGCUGGCCAAAACGGACUGAGGGAACACAAAUACACACGCGGUAUUUGUUGGCGCCUGUGGAUGUUGUUUCUAUGCACUGAUUUUUCAUUACACUGUAAGUCGUUACGAAAGAUAUAACACUGUUAUGGAGAUAUUUAUAGUCCGAUACAAGGACUGUAUUUUCCGUUUAAAGGCUAGAAAGCAAAACGACUUUAAAAUUCACCUUCUGAUCUAAAUAUUUGCGUUUUCAGGUGUUUUUUGGGGGGUCCGGAGAGGACAGGAGUGUCAUAUCAGUGUUCAUGUGGCCCAUUCAUGCAUUUUAAAAACUUUUGUGUUUGUCGCAGAAUCGAUGACAUUUAUCACUAGUUACUUCCUUUUCAACAAACCAGGUUUGUCAGGGUUCAGCACAAUUUACAGCCUAGCUACAUCUCAAGAACCUCACAAAAGACCUGCAGCUAGCUUAAAAUGUUUGUAUAUAUUGGAAAAGUGAUAUUAAUACUACUUCUCAAAGGUUGCAUGGGAAACCAGUCAUACUGAUGUGCACCAAUGAUCUGAUUCACAGUAUCAGUAUCUGGAAUGAGCCUUUUUGUCCUCAUUUUGUAUGAACAUUGCUCACUUCAUAAUCCUCGUUUCCAUCUCCUGAUUUUUUCAGUACAUCAGUGGUUCUUUUUCUCAGCAGAUACACGUUUAGAAACAUCUCAAACUUGCCGCUUUCCUUUGUUCACUGUAGUCGAUGGUUGCAGAAAGUGGUUCGUUUGUUGAAACAAGUGAGAUACGUUGUCCAAACAGCUGAGAUAUAUUUAAUAUUUAUAGUAUAUGAGAGAGAAGGUUUUUUUUUUUUUUUUGCAAGCUACUUGCACUCACCAGCCACUUUAAUAGGAACUUGUUCUUGACUGGCAGGAGUGGAACCUAAUGUGGUCUUCUGCUGUUGCAUGCUGAGAUGCUUUUCUGCUCACCACGGUUGUAAAGAGUUGCUAUGAGUUACUGUAUCUUUUCUGGCAGCUCAAACCAAUCUGGGUGGGUUUCUCAAAAGCAUUGCAGCACAAAGAUCAUUGUUAAAUGGUAGAGCGAGCAUCACAAUGAGCACUCUCUCUCUCCUAGUUAAGAUGCUCUUAGCAUUAAGAGGCUUUUGGGAAACCCACCCCUGGCCAUUUUCCUCUGACCUCUCUCUUAUCAACAAGGUUUUUUUUGUUUGUUUGUUUCCCCCCACACCACGCGCCACACACACAACUGUCGCUCACUCAAUGUGUUUUGUUUUUCACACCAUUUUUUUUUUUUUUUUUAAGAUUUUUUUUUGGGGCUUCCUUUACCUCUAUUGGAUAGGACAGCGGAGAGACAGGAAACGAGCUGGAGAGAGAGACGGGGAGGGAUCGGGAAACGACCUCGGGUCGGAACCGAACCCGGGUCCCCGGACCCACGGCACGGCGCCCCCGUUUUUCACACCAUUCUAUGUAAACUCUAGAGAUGUGUGUGUGUGAGAGAGAGAGAGAGAGAGAGAGAGAGAGAGAGAGAAAAAGAACCCCAGGAGAUCAGCAGUUUCUAAAAUACUCAAACCAGUCCAUCUGGCUCAAACCAACAGAAAGUCAGACUUUGAAAUCACAAUUUUUCCCAUUCUGAUGUUUGAACAUUAACUGAAGCUCUUGAUUUGUAUCUGCAUGAUUUGAUGCAUUGUGCUGUGAUUGUCUGAUUAGAUAACUGCAGAAGACAGCAGGUGGAUGUAUGGAUGUUCCUAAUAAAAUGGCCAGUGUGUGUAUCCCCCCCCCCCCCCAAUAACACUUAGAAGGCAGGGUGUAAAAACAAGAUCUGUUUUAUAAAAUAAUUUGUUGCGUUUACGUGAUUAAAUUUCUUUUAUUGGAAAA